AUGGCGACAACUACGGACACGAACAACUACAAGUUCAAUCACUCGAUGAUCCGAGUGAAGGACCCCAAAGCAUCCAUCAAAUUCUACGAAUUCCUAGGCAUGAGCGUAGUCAAGCACCUACAAUUCCCCGACGCCAAAUUCGACCUGUACUUCCUAAGCUACGACGGCCCAACGGCGCUCUCGCACGGCAACAGCACGUUCGACCGGCAGGGCGUGAUCGAGCUGACGCACAACUACGGCACCGAGAACGACCCGGACUACACGGUCAACAACGGCAACGCGGAGCCCCACCGCGGCUUCGGGCACGUGUGCGUCGCCGUCGACCAUAUCCAGGCCGCGUGCAAGAGGCUCGAGGACGCGGGGUAUCGGUUUCAGAAGAAGUUGACGGAUGGGAGAAUGAAGCAUAUUGCGUUUGCGCUGGACCCGGAUGGCUAUUGGGUGGAGAUUAUUAGUCGCAGGAGGGGGUCGAAGGGUGCGGAGGAUCCGGAGGAGCAGGGGGUCGAGACGGAUGUUGGUACUUAUCGCAUGAACCACACGAUGAUCCGGGUCAAGGACGCCGAGAAGUCCCUUAAGUUCUACCAGGACGUGCUAGGCAUGAAGCUGUUCCGCACGGUCGAGCAGUCCGCUGCCAAAUUCAACUUGUACUUCCUCGGGUACCCCGGCUCCAAGGGCGUUCCGGAGGACGGGAUGAAAAUUUUUAAGUAUCAUGAUGGGAACUCGGAGCCGCAGGGCUUUGGACAUAUUUGCGUUUCGGUCGAUAGUCUAGACGCAGCGUGCUCGAGGUUCGAGAGCCUGAAUGUUAACUGGAAGAAGCGGCUUACGGACGGGCGCAUGAAGAACGUUGCUUUCUUGCUUGAUCCCGAUGGAUACUGGGUCGAGAUCGUGCAGAAUGAGCGGUUUUCCGGGCAGGAGAACUUUUAG